CCGCCUCGGGAACGCGGGCGGCAGCGGGACUGCGCAUGUGCGAGGUCUGGUCCGGCUUCCAAGCCGCCUGCGGCCCGCGGACGCCGAGCUCUGGCGGUGAUGGACACGAGCCUGCUGCGCCAGUGCCCGUUGCUUCUGCCCCAGAACCGGGAGAAAACCGUCUAUGAGGGAUUCAUUUCGGCUCAGGGAAGAGACUUCCACCUUAAAAUAUUGUUGCCUGAAGAUUUGCAGAUGAAGAAUGCAAGAUUACUGUGUAGUUGGCAGCUGAAAACAAUACUGAAUGGAUACCAUCAAAUCGUACAACAGAGAAUGCAACACUCUCCUGAUCUGGUGAGCUUUAUGAUGGAAUUGAAGAUGGUUUUGGAAGUUGCUUUAAAGAAUAAACAGGAGCUUCAUGGACCACCCCCUCCUCCCCAGUUCUACUCACGCCUUAUUCAAGAGCUAGGAGCACUCGGUUGGGACAAAGUCGUGUAUGUGGACCCUUGCUUCAACACCUUCAAGUUAAAAGCCAAAGAUGCCUCUGGGAGAGAGCACCUUAUCGCUGUCAAGUUGAAGGCAAAGUAUCCGGCAGAAUCCCCAGAUUGUUUUGUGGAUUUUCCUGUCCCAUUUCCUGUUUCUUGGACAUCACAGAGCUCUUUAAAAAGCAUCCAUAGUCAGUUUUUGGCAGCACUGGACUCACUGAAGGCAUUCUGGGAUAUUAUGGAUGAAAUUGAUGAGAAGACCUGGGUACUUGAGCCAGAAAAACCUACGAGGAGUGCCACAACUCGCAGGAUUGCAUUAGGAAAUAAUACUUCAAUAAAUAUAGAGGUAGACCCCAGGCACCCCACUAUGCUUCCUGAGUGCCGCUUUCUCGGAGCCGACCAUGUGGUAAAGCCUCUGGGACUAAAACUAAGCAGGAAUAUACAUUUGUGGGAUCCAGAAAAUACUCUGUUACAAAACUUGAAAGAUGUCUUAGAAAUUGAUUUUCCAGCUCGUGGUGUCCUGGAAAAAUCUGAUUUCACUAUGGAUUGUGGAAUUUGCUAUGCUUAUCAACUUGAUGGUGCAAUUCCUGACCAAGUGUGUGAUAAUCCCCAGUGUGGACAGCCUUUCCAUCAGCUAUGCUUAUACGAGUGGUUGAGAGGACUGCUGACCAGUAGACAGAGUUUCAACAUCAUAUUUGGUGAAUGUCCAUAUUGUAGUAAGCCAAUUACGCUGAAAAUGUCUGGAAGGAAGCCCUGAAAUAAGAAUGCAACAUUUUUGUGAAGAAAUGGAAUCUUUGAAAAUUACCAAAAGGAUUUUUAUUUGAGAUCUUCAGAGAAAAUAUAAAGCAAGAAAUAUUAACAUCAAAAGGAAAAGUAUGAGUAAGCUGUAAAAAUACACACCUGUCUUUGUCUCUUCACUAAGGGUAAACUGGGACAUUGCAGGCCAAAGUCCUAGAGAACUUUCUAACUCUGUGACCCCUGUGCCAACAUCGUCUGUAUACCAAUCUGGAGACCUUGAUUUGUUGUGUAUGUCUGGACUGGUAAAAUCUUGAUGGUACUCAUAAAAUGGAUUUGGGGGUUGUAUACAGCUAGAUUUUUGCAGGGAACUUUUUACUUCAUUCAGGUAUUCUUGAGGCUCAUAUUUUUGUCUUCUCCGUGUAGUUUCCUAUGAAAGAAUACAUGUAGAGUUUGUUGAGUUGUCCAGGUUUUUAUUUUAUGUACUCUAUGAAAAUGCUACAUAAAACUUCUUAUAUGGCAUGAUCAAGGUUUUCUGCAUUUUUUAAUUUUUCCUGGUAAAUUAGUUUUUUAGGUAGAAAAUCCUGGAUUUUAGAGUUUUAUAAAGCACUUACUGGCAUCCAGCAACCAAACCUGGUUGGUCUUACUGGUUCUUUUAAACCAUGUGAGCUAGGUCAUCUCUUAAGUAAUUUAUAAUGUGAAUAAGAUUUUAGCGAUAAAAAUGAUAUACAUCUAACUGCAUAUUUUGGAAAGUGUUUCUUCUAGUUGGCUUUACAUUGUGUACAUAUUUUUUAAUCUAAAAAUAGGAUAGAAUAUUGAAAACUGGCAUUUCUUGGCAAGAUAAAAAACUGGGCUUAAUCUUUAUGGGAGUAAGUCAUUUUUAUAGAAAGCUUUUGGUUAUCUGUCGUUAGAAUAGUGACUCUCAGUUUUUGCGAACUGCGGAAACUCAUUGUUUCUGCUCUGUGUUAGGAAUAGGACGAGGCUGCCACAGCCAGAGGAACUGCCCCGGGGGGCAUAUUGUGACAGACCUUUUGGAAAGCUAUAGGUACAAAUCGAUCACUAUAGACGUUGACAUAAAACAGGUUACUGAAAAUGGCCAAAAAAGUGGAAACCACCAAGACAUGAGGGUGAAUGGAUAAACGCUGCUACAUCCAUACAGUGGAGAUUAUUCAGCAAUAAAAAGAAAUGAGCCAUCAAGCCAUGAAAAGACCUGGAGGAACUUAAAUGUGUGACAUUGUGGAAAAAGCAGAACUACAGAGACAGUGUAAAUAUCAGUGGCUGUCAGGGGUCUGGGGGAGAGGGAUGGACAGUUGGAGCACAGAGCAUCUUUAGGGCAGUGAAACGAUCAUGUAUGACACUGAGAUGGUGGACACACGACGUCACGCAUUUGUGAGAACCCACAGGACUGUGCAGCACAGAGGGAGCCCUGAUGUAAACCGAAACACCAAACCAGCCGCUGUCCAGUCAGUUCUGACCCCGGCGACCCCACGUGUGUCGGAGUAGACCUGCGCUCCAGAGUGUUCGCAGUGGCUGAUUUUUCCGAACUAGAUUGCCAGGCCUUUCUUCUGAGGUGCCUCUGGGUGGACUUGAACUUUCAACCACUCAGCAGUGAGCACUUUAACCGUUUGUACCGCCUGGGGACUCCCAUCUAAACUAUGGACUUUAGUUAAUAAUAACAACCAUGCAUUCAUCAAUUGUAAGACAUACACCACACUUAAUGGAGGACGUUAACAGGAGAGACUGCGGGGGAAGACAGGUAUAUGGGAACUCUGCACUUUCUGCCCAAUUUUUAUGUAAACCUAAGAAUCUUUUUUUUAAAUUACCACACCUAUUUUUUUUUUUUUUUUAUGAGACAUAGGAAAAUGUUAUCUACAACCAGAAGAAAAGUAUUCUAUCCAUGACCAAUAGAAACAGACUUAGAGAAGACCCAGGCGGUAUAUUAACAGACAAGGACAAUAAAACAUAUACAUAGAUAUGUUCAAGGCCUUAAAAGCAAAGUUGAACAUAAUUAGUGAACUGACAGUAGAAUAUCAGCAGAGAAAUGAAAAAUCCACUGGAGACAAUGUACAGCUGAUUUAACACCACUGAAAAAGAUCCAUCAACCACCUUGAGGCCAGGCAAAAGAAAAUAUCCAGACUGAAACACAACAAGACAAAGACUGAUUUGAAAAACGAACAGAGCCUCAGUUACUGAAAACCAGGAUAAAGCAUCCUAACCUGCGUCUCUGGAGUCUCAGGAGAAAUGGGAAGGAUUAAGGGAUGGAACAAAUUGAGAAGAUGGAGUCAGUGCAUUCUUCCUUAUUCUUCCUGCUAACUACAACUAAAAACUCUCAACAAAAGCAACUAUCAGCUCACUCUGAGAGUUGAUGUAGAGAAGGUAAACUGAGGUCGUCAGGACUAAGGGAUGAUCCAGCUGUGAAAACCUCCCCCCCUGCCCUUUUUUUUCUGGGGCCUCCUAUGUAUUCUGGCUUGGGUCAUAAGGUAGCCUACAGUCUGGAAAUACCAGUAUGCACAGGUAAAAGGUUCAAUGAAAGCCUGCUUUCUCUAACCAGAGGACCAAGGAGAAGACAGCGCUACAGGACAGAAGUCUUGACUAUACGUGCUGUACCCCAGAUGCUGUGGAAAUUGUAGGGUGAAGCCCAGUCGACCAGCACCAGCCUGCACGAACCAAGCAGCUCUCCUGCACCUUCCCCCUGGGCACCGUGGAGACUGGGGCAGAGUCCUGUUGACCACCUCCACACUAACAAGGUGGCACUCACCCCACUGAGCGUUGUGGAGAUAGACGGAGUCCUGUCAGCCAUUCCCACCCGACACUAUUGAGGCCACGUCUCUCUCACUCCCCAUAUGGAGACGGGAGGGCAGAGCCGAGGCCCUCCUCCUCAGCAGGCAGUGUGGAGACUGCGGUAGAGCCCCGUCAGCCAUCCCACCUGCAGUAAACAAACAUCGGCAGAGAGAAAACGUUCUGCUUCCUCAGUGGCUGGAGAGAAUGUGGGGAGAAUUGCUGCUGAGAAGCCCUGUUGUGCAAUAAAGGAGUGAAAGAACAUCAGAGAGGCACCCCGCACCCUCCCAACUAGAAAACCGUGUUGUCAAUAGUCAGUUUCACUACUGGACAGAAAAUCAGCAAAGAUAUGAAGAACAGAAUAACACCAGACACCAGUGGGAGGUAACUGAUACUUACGGGGUACUCCACCCCAAAACCAGAGAAUACGUGUUCUUUUCAAGUGCAAUUGGGAUAUUCGCCAAGAUAGACCAAAUGCUGGGGGCAUAAAACAAACCGUAACAAAUUUAAAACAAAACUGUACAAAGUAUGUUCUCAGACCAUAAUAAAAUUAAAGUAGAAAUCAGUAACAGGAAGAUAACAGAAAUGUCUUCGAACCCUUGAAAAUAGUUCUAAGUGAACCAGGAGUCAAAAAAAAAAAAAUCUGAAGGAAAAGUAUAAAAUAUUUUGAACUGAGUGAAAUGAAAUACAACAUAUCAAAACAGGUUAGGAAACUCAUUGCCAUCAAGUCAACUCCAACUCCUACUGACUGUGGGCCGGAGCAGCACUGCGCGCAGGGUUUCCGAGGCUGUGAGUCUCGACGGAAGCAGGCUGCCACGUCUUUCUCCCGGGUGGCUGCUGGUAGGUUUGAACUGCCAGCCCUUGGGUUAGCAGCAGAACACUCAAACCACUGCGCCCUCAGGGCUCCUUAAAUGCUUAUAUUAGAAAAAAAGAGAGGGCAAAUCAAUUGCUUAACUUUCCACCUAAACUAGAAAGAGAAGAAAACAAACCCAGAUCAAGCUGAAGGAAGGAAACCAAAGGAAAAUCUCCAAAUACUGGAAAAUCUAAUACCACACUUCUGAGUGGGUCAAAGAGGAAGACUCAAAGGCAAAUAAGAAAAUUUAUUGAACUGAACAAAACUGAAAAUACAACGUAUUAAAAUGCCAGAUAUGCCUAAUGCGGUGCUUAGAGGGAAAUCUAUAAUGUGAAAUAUUUAUUUAGUAAAGAAGAAAAGUCUGAAAUCAGUAAUCUAAAUUUUACCUCCAGAGCUAGAAAGAGAAAAAUAAAUCCAAAGCAAGCAGAAAGAUGGAAUAAAGUGCAGAAAUCAAUGAAAUUGACAAUAUAAAAAUACCAACCUAACAAAAAACUUGGUUCUGUGAAAAGACCAAUAAAAUAAAAAAAAACCUCUAGCAAGACAAAAAAGAGAAAACGCAAACUAUUAAUAUAGGAAUGAAUCAGACCUCACUACAGACCCAACAGACAUUUAAGUGUUUAAAUAAGAGAAUACUAUGAACAAUUCUAAGCCCAUAAAUUUGACAACUUAGAUGAAAUGCACCAAUUUCUAGAAACCUACAAGUUACCAAAACUAACACAAGGUGAAAGAUAUCAGGGUUUGGUAAAGUGUUCUGCAGGCCAAAUCUAGCCCACCACCUAAGAAAUGGUUUCUAUACUUCUUAACACGUUAGGAAAAAAAUCAGAUAGUUCAUAACACUUAAAAAUCAAAUUUUAGUGCCAUAAAUAAGUUGUGCUGGAACUCAGCCAGACUCAUUUGUUGAUGUAGGGCUGCUUUCCUGCUAUGGUGCAGAGCUGAAUAGCUGUGACAGAGGCUGUAUGGCCUGCAAAGCCUAGAUAUUUACUGUCUGGCGCUUAGCAGAAAAGGAUGUCCACUCCUGAAAUAGAUAAUCUGAAUAGCCUUGUUGAAGAAACUGAAUUCAUAGUUAAAAACUUCCUGGGGGGGGGGGGGAUACCCAGGUUCAAAUGUUUCACUGGUGAGUUCUGAUAUUUACUGUAGAAAUAAUACCAAUUCUGCACAUUUUCCUUCAGAAAAAUAGAAUUGGGAGGAAGACUUCCCAAGUCAUUAGAGAAGGCCAGCGUUACCUUGAUAUCAAAACCAGGCAAAGACAGUGGAAAAAAGAGAAAACGAUAGACUGACAGCCCUCAUGUACACAAAUGCGAAAGUCCUCAACGAAAUACUAAUGAACUCAGCAAUGUAUAAAAGUAAUAAUACGCCAUGACCAAGUGGGGCUGAUCUGAGGAGUGUAAGAGUGUUUUGGUAUUCAAAACUGAAUGUCAUCUACCAUCUUAGUCUAAACAAGAAAAGCCACGUGAUCACAUCAGUUAAUACAGAAAAGCAUUUGACAAAAUUGAACACUCAUUGACGCUGGAAGCUCUCACUACACUAGAAACAGAAGGGACGCUUCCUCAGCUUGAUUGAUAGAGAACAUUUACAAAAGUUUUACAGUUAACAUAAUACUAAAUAAUGAAAGGCUGAACGUUUUCCCAAGAUCAGGAACAAGGCAAGAGUGUCUACUCUUAUCACUCCUAUUAAUAUAGUACUGGAAAUCCUGGUCAGUGUAAUAGGGCAAGAAAAAGAAAUAAAAAGGCAACACAUAUUGGAAUAAAUAAGACUUCCCCUGAUUGAAUAAAUAAAGCUUUUCCUAGUUGCAGAUAUUUUCUAUGUAGAAAAUCCCAAGGUAUCUUUAAAAAAAAACCAAACUCUACAACUAAGAAAUGAGUUUUACAUGUUGCAAGAUACAAGGUCAACACUUAAAACUUUUUAUUCUGUCAGCAAUUGGAAACCAAAAUUAAAAACAAAAACACCAUUUUUAAUAGCUCCAAAAAACCAAGUAGUAGCCCACCAGUAUACCCACCCGUAAGUAGUAUCAAUCCACAAAACAUGCUGAAACCUGUAGAACUGCAGUGAAAAUACCUAAACCGCCGACCUUCUGGUUAGCAGCCAAGCUCCUAACCACUGGGCCACCAGAUAACACGUCACAGGUGGCACACAAAAUCGAAGUGCACUUCAUUACAUUCUUAGGAUAAAGAAAGAAGGCAGAUCCGUGGGCAGACGUGCUUACCACCAUCCUGUCUGGUAACUGGUGUCGGCUGCCUUGAUUUUAUCACCUACUGGGUAGGAUAUUUUCUGUCCUAUUCUUUUAACAAAACCAUAUAACCUUGGCCCUCAGGAGAAAAGAAAACAUCUUUAUUCCCAAAGGGCAUUAAGGGGAAAAACAAAAACAAAACCCUCUCACCUGAGUAGUUCGGUUGUUCAUCAACCCACCCAGCUUCUCCUCAUCUUGCUCCUGUUUCCUUCUUGCACGGGACUCAGCACUUUUCUCACUGGGAGCUUUCUUCUCCAUCAACCUAUUUUGCAUCUGAUUUGUUACAACUUUCUGUGAAUCAGCCUGUUGAUUUAAAAAAAAAAAAAAAAUCCCCGUUGCUGUAGAUUCUGACUCACAGUGACCCUAUAGAACAAGGUAGAACUGCCCCAUAGGAUUUCCAAGGAAGGCUUGGUGGAUUCAAACUGUCGACCUGUUGGUUAGCAGCUGAGCUCUCAACCACUGUGCCUAGGUAGUUGAUAGAGAGCAACAAAAAUACACAGUAUUGAGACUGUGUUGGCAUCUCCUGUCUGGAGAGGGGAUGGGAGGAUAGAGAGAGUUGGAAGCUGGCAAAAUUGUCACGAAAGGAGAGACUGGAAGGGCUGACUCAUUAGGGGGAGAGCAAGUGGGAGUACAGAGUAAGGUGUGUAUAAACUUAUAUGUGACAGUGUGACUUGAUUUGUAAACGUUCACUUGAAGCUCAAUAAAAGUUAAAAAAAAAUACACAGUGAAAACUUUGGACGCUAGUAAAAAAAAAUGUAUUCGCGUAUGGAUUCUUGAAAAUUCUAAACUUGCCAAACUUUGAAAAAGAAAAGAAGAAAGCAACAGAUGGACAGCGGAGAAAAAAAACUAUCCUAGUUGGCAGGACCCAGACCCUGUCUCGUCAGUACGGUGAGACCAGUGAAUAUCAGUGUCCCUGUGAGGCACUCUAGAAAUUUUCUCUGAAGAGACUUGCUUAUUGAAAACGGCAUUUUUACAGAAAAAACUCACAUUUUAAAACCACCCAUGAGUUCCUGAUUGGCCUUUGCUACAAGUGGAUCCAGUACAUCUCUGUGGUUUAAAUUCUUAUUAAAAUACGAGUUGUCUGUCACCGAAGUGAGCUACAUUAAUAUGAAAGUAUAGAAGGAGCGUGCGGUGUUGUGUACUUUUUUAUGCAGGUAACUUAAGCUUUGAGCAAGACGAGUGACAGUUGCUAUCACCUGAUGCCCUGUCCCAGUACCAGGGGUUAUGUUCUACAACAGGCUUGAUGACUCUGCGAUUUCUGUUUCACAUCAGGGAGACAUCUGGGGGACGACUCACUCUCCAGAACCUUGAAGUAGACACGGACAUGGAAGGGGGGUUCCACAACACAGGCUGGGAGACCGAGAGCCAUGGAGAAGGUCCUUAUGUGAAAUACUUGCUCAGGCCGCUUCGUGUUUACAGCAGCUGAGUGUGUCAUCGCUUUUUUUCAUGGGUUAAAUAGGGGGCAGACGAUAGGAACCCACAGGAGGAAAUAAUGGAGUAGCCAGUGCCAACACUGAAUGAAUUACAUUGGCUGGGAGAGCAGGGCCUUAAUUUGUAGUCUCUCAGUUUUUAGCUACUGUUGCCAACUGGUUCACUCCUUCCUCCCCUUUGGAACAACAUGCUGGUGUUUUGUGGCUAGGUCUAAGUUGUCACAGCACCAUUCUUCACGCCCUGCUUCUCCCAAGGUCCCGGCUAUCAAAAGAUGGCAAAACCAGUGCCUUUCAGUAACCUGCAAAUUGGACACGCUUCCUAAUCACUCAGAGGUCCUUCAUUUCCACCAUCCAGCCUUCCCAAACAACUGGGAAAAUUUGUGUGUCACCAGCUCCUGAGCCGCUCUUCCACCAUGGCCACACUGGUAAUACAUGAACAUCACACCGCUCGUGUGGAACAAAGGGGUUCGCAAGACUACAACACACUGUUUUAGCCUAUUAAAAAACCGGCUUACCGAUCAUUGUGAAAAUGUGUUCUACAAUAGAAAGAUUAGUUGAGAUAUUUAUUUGGGUUUUUAAGUGCCUCCUAUAUGCUAGACACUUUUGAUGAACACAGUUUUUGCCACAGGAGCCUCUGAUACACAAACAAACAAAAAAAAAACCCAAACCCGUUGCCAUUGAGUCGAUUCCGACUCAUAGCAACCCUACAGGACAGACUCGAACUGCCCCAUAGAGUUUCCAGGGAGCGCCAGGUAGAUUUGAACUGCCCACCUUUUGGUUAGCAUCCUUACCACUUAACCACUUCCCCAGCAGGGUUUCUGAUAUACAGAUAGAAACUGCGGCAUGAAGUAUUCAGCCCUCUGUGCAGCUUUCUGGAAGAGAGAUGCCUCCAGGCUCUGCUGUCCGUUGGCUGGGUGGUUAAGUGCAGCUGCCGUGGGUUCUUCUAGCUAAUCAGUAAAACGAUAUCCAGUGUAUGGAAAAUUUCUAGGGAAACUUUUUAAAUGGUUAAGAAAGAAUAAAGUGGGAUGAUGAGGUUUAAUUCUUAGCUGUGUACCGAGUAAAGCUUUCUAUUUCUCAAGGAUAAUAAAAGGAAAUAGAAAACACCCUGGGCGUCGCACACGAUCAGAUAGGAUACUCUCCAGCUGUGGUCUGUCCCAGAAAGUGGCCGUUAAAAUGAGGUGCUCUUCAUUUAACUUUCCAUGGGUACUUACUGCUGUUCCGCAAAACCAGGGAUACUUUUGGGCUUCUCAAAAUCCCUAAGCUGAAGGUAUGCAUUUAACGGAGAAUUUGUGCUUUACUUUUCUCAUGUACAAAAAAUAACUGAAUGACAAGUUUCAUAGGAUUAUUUUGAACACUAAAGUUCAAGAAACAAUUUUGUAAACUUUUAAGUGCUCUACAGAGAUGACUACUUCCAACGACAAUAUAUUCCCCUCUGGAUUUGUUGGGGGAACCUGCGAUUUAGAGUGAAUGAGGGAAGAAACUUCUACUGUCUGACGUGUCGGGUAGCGUGAACUUUGUAGCCCUGACCUACAGCUGCUACUCCGCACUCAGGAAGCGUGGGUGGCUCGUUGUACCCAUGCCUGCACCAUUACAAUAUGCGUUCAGGUGCCGCGGGACAGGGGAUACUGGACGUGUUGUACAUUCUACUUUGGUGAGUGGUGUCUGGGGUCUUAAACGCUUAUAAGUGGCCGUCUAGGAUACUCCACUGGUUUCACCCUGUUUGGAGCAAAGGAAAACAAAGAAAAUCAAAGAUGCAAGGGAAGGAUUAGUCCGGAGGACUAAUGGCCCACAACUCCCACAGCCUCCAGCAGACCGUGUCCAGCACAGCUAGAUGGUACCCGGCUCCCACCACCAACUGCCCGGACAGGGAUCACAGUAGAGGGCCCGGACAGAGCUGGAGAAAAACGGAGAACAAAAUUCUAACCAAAAAAGAAAGAAAGAUCUGACUUACGGGUCUGACAAAGACCGGAGAAACCCCAAGAGUAUGGCCCCCAAACACUCUUGAACACCAGCCCAGGGGCGAGGACGAGAAGCCGGAAGGAAAGCUGGCCAUGGGGAGCCCGAGGUCGAGAAGGGAAGAGUGUUGGCAUGGUGUGGGGUCGUUAACCAAUGUCACAAAACAAUGUGUCUAUUAACUGUUUGAUGAGAAGCAAGUUUGCUCUGUGAACCUUUAUCCAGAGUACAGUUUUUUUAAAAGGAGGUACUGGUAGACUGCUAACGGGACCCACUGCUUCUUGAAGGGGAACUAACUCGGAGGAUGAGCUGGGACCUUCAGUACUGCUGGUUUCCCGGUCUGGCAAUUCUGCAGCUUUAGUUCACGUCCAAAUAAGCAUUCUUAGUGAAAAAGGUCCCCUUCGGUGGAUUUUGGAGGCUGAAUCCCUGAGAUUGGCAUAAAUAGUCUGGGGCACUGUGGUGACAGAUUGUCCUCAGUAGCUCCCGGAACUACUAGGGAGUGCUGUCAGCUGUGCACACCGUCGUCUGGUUGAGGCAAACACCCAGAAAGAUCUGCUCUUAAGGAAAAAGUAUCAGUGUCUCCAAAAUCUUAACAACAAUUCAUUUCUAAUUUGACUCGACUAACAGUGUUUGAGGACUUGAAGAGGAAAGCCCAGUCUAUGGAGAUAACUCUUUUCCAAAAAGAGGCUGUAAGUUUGCCGAGAUCCUCAGCGUGUGCUAUUUUCGAACACCUAAUGGAAACGUAUUUUUGUUAAAAACACACAAUUUAAAAGGCACAACUACUUAUACUGAGGGAAAUAACUUUUUUUUUAAUUAAACACACUCAUAAAAAAAAAAUUUUUUUUUUUUUAUAGAGACAUAUUAUUCAUAUCUGCAUACUUUUUCUGGUUCCAUGACUUGAAGUACUUUUGUCCAAAAGAGUACAGAUCUGAAGUUCGUCCACUAUUCAGACAAUCAGAGUGAUCCGCGUAUAGCGAGUGCAUCAAGAGCUGAUGAGUUUUAGUUUCUUACGAGGGAAUUCGGAAACCCUGGUGGCGCAGUGGUUAAGUGCUAUGGCUGCCAACCAAGAGGUCAGCAGUUCGAAUCCGCCAGACACUCCUUGGAAACCCUGUGGGGCAGUUCUACUCUGUCCUGUAGGGUCACCAUGAGUCAGGAUUGACUUGACGGCAGUAGGUUUUUUAGUGGAUGAGGGAAUUGUGUCUGACUAACAUGAGAGGAGUUUGGGGCCAUGUGACUGAUAUUUGUUUUGGUCUUUAAUGAUUCCUGUAACACAAGCAAUCCAGUGUGGAAAGUGCCCUGUAUUUGCAUCAUUCAGGGAAACUGAGGCCAGGGCAGUUGAUUUUGCUGUACCUCGCCCUGGAACAUUUUCAAGCUUGGUUUUUGCAGCCUUCAAAGUAAAAAAUCAAAUGCUUAAGCUUUAGAGGCAUGUGGCAAACCUAUGCUUUAUACUACGGUUAUUAAAUGUAUUUGUGUACUUAAAAUAUUAGAGAAAUAAUGCCAUUGUCAAAUAGAUACGAAUCUGCUGUGAAAUCCAUCCUCAGGUCAUCUCACUGCUUGUGCCCCCAGGCCGAUCACAUCGUUAGCAGAAAUCAGCCACGGUCUUAAGAAUGCAUAUUAUUCUUAGUGCUUUCUUUUUACUCAUAAGCAAAGUGCUCUCAUCAAAAAAAAAAAAGGAAUAAAAUACUUUUGAUGGAGGCUCUCUGGAAAAAAAUGUUUUAUGUUCUGUUGUCUGCAUAUAAAAAU